GCCCCGCGCCCCCCCGGCACCCCCCGAGCAGCCCCGGCCCCGGCCGCGGCGCCCUAGGAGCGCGGAGCCCCCCCCCCCCCCUCCCGGAGCCCCCCCCGGGUUGGGGCUGGGGGCGAAGGGCGAGGGCCGCCGAGCAGCCGGGGUUGAUGUUUAACCGGGAGCGCCCGUUCACGGAGAGGGGCCACUUCUUCUCCUCCAUGGAGUACCAGCGGCAGCUGGGGGAGGAGGAGGGCUACCCGCCUCCCGCGGCCAACGGGAGCUUCAACGACAGCGGGGCCGGGCCGGGAUGGGGCACGCCGUACCCCCUGCACACCACCGUCACCCUCAUCAGCCUGGCGGGCUUGCUCAUGCUCUUCACCGUCUUCGGGAACGUCCUGGUCAUCAUCGCCGUCUUCACCAGCCGGGCGCUCAAGGCGCCCCAGAACCUCUUCCUGGUGUCUUUAGCCUCGGCCGACAUCCUGGUGGCCACGCUGGUCAUCCCCUUCUCCCUGGCGAACGAGGUGAUGGGGUACUGGUACUUCGGCAAGGUGUGGUGUGAGAUCUACCUGGCCUUGGACGUGCUCUUCUGCACCUCCUCCAUCGUGCACUUGUGUGCCAUCAGCCUGGACCGCUACUGGUCCAUCACGCAAGCCAUCGAGUACAACCUCAAGCGCACCCCGCGCCGCAUCAAGUGCAUCAUCUUCAUCGUCUGGGUCAUCUCGGCCGUCAUCUCCUUCCCGCCACUCAUCUCCAUCGAGAAGAAGAGCGGGCAGCAGGCAGACCAGGGGGUCGCGGGGUGCAAGAUCAACGACGAGAAGUGGUACAUCAUCUCCUCUAGCAUCGGCUCCUUCUUUGCCCCCUGCCUCAUCAUGAUCCUGGUCUACGUGCGCAUCUAUCAGAUAGCCAAGAGGCGCACCAGGGUACCGCCGAACAAGCGGGCAGAGCGUCCUGAGAAGAAGCAGAAUGGCUUGGCCGACAAGGAGGACCUGCCGGCCACAGUCCAGCUCAACGGGGAGAAAGCGGCCGGAGGUGGCGACGGGCAGGAGGGAGAGGUCAAUGGCAUAGACAUGGAGGAGACCUCCUCCUCCGAGCACCAGGACAACAACCAGUCCAAGAAGUCAGAGAGACCGUCAAGGGGAAAGGCCAAGACUAAGCUGAGCCAGAUUAAGCCUGGGGACAGUUUGCCCAGGAAGGUGGAGGAGGAGAGGACCACCAAAGGGUCCCGGUGGAGGGGCAGGCAGAACCGGGAGAAGCGCUUCACCUUUGUGCUGGCGGUGGUGAUCGGUGUCUUUGUCAUCUGCUGGUUCCCCUUCUUCUUCACCUACACACUGACUGCCGUCUGCCAGAGCUGCUCCGUGCCCGACACCCUCUUCAAGUUCUUCUUCUGGUUCGGUUACUGCAAUAGCUCCUUGAACCCCGUCAUCUAUACAAUUUUCAACCACGACUUCAGGCGGGCCUUCAAAAGGAUCCUCUGCAGGAUAGAGAGGAAAAGGAUUGUUUGAAGGACCCCCUGGUUUGGGCAGGACUAAUCAUUCAAGACUUUGUAGGAGUGUAAGGCAUGGCUCCCUUGGGCUGUGCUUGCAUGGGAUGGUUUCCUUCAGCCUGUGAGCAGGAAACCCUCAAAACCUGAGACGAGCCUAUCGACACGCCAGACAGCAGCAGCGAGGAGCAGCAGGCAAGUGGAAGUCCGAGCCGUGGCAUUCGGCUUUCCAGGGGAGGAUGGCUUUUGACUUGCUUGGUUUACUUUGUUAGCUUUUUUUUUUUUUUUUUUCUUUUGCCAGAGUCUCUCAGUGGAUAUUUUCAUGACUGCUCAGUUUGACUCUUUAAAGACAAGCUCCGUGCAGCUCCAUGAGAUGAACAACAAAGAGGGAGUAUGCCACCUCAGAGGUGUCGGCUUUUUUAUUUUGUUGUAUUGUAUAUGUAAUUAAUAUUACCCCCCCCCCCCCCGUGUAAAAUACAGUAUUGUAUCCCUGAAUCUGAAUGUCUUAAGUUUUGUAAGGCAAGCAGCUUUGAAACUGUGAAUGCUUUAAUUUUCUUUGAUACCUUAAAAGUCCCUCUCUUCGCACCCUCUGAAAACUUAAAACCACUGAAAAAUUAGAGCCAUUUCCCCUACCCAUCAGUCUGACAACAUUACCAAAAUUUCCGAUGUCUGUCCUGUUUUUUUGUUUGUCUUUUUUUUUUUUUUUUUUUUUUUUUAACUACAGAGCUUAGUAUCACACAUCUUGCCAGGCUGGCUUUUUUCAUUUUUUUUUUCUUUUGGUGUCAUACCUGAUUGUAUUUAAUUUUUGUGUUGCCUGUGCUAUGAUACAGCUGAGCUGGGAACUUCCCAGCCGUUAGGAGGUAGAGCAGAGCCGAGGAGUGGUGGCUUUGCCAUGCAGUCCUGGGGGGCUGCGAGGUGGGCUCCUUCUCACGCCGUGUGAGGCUUGGGACCCAGCCAAGCUCCCAGCGAGUUAAUCUCGCCUGAUAUUAUACCACACUGCAGUGACGAAACGUGUUCAGCACUAACAUACUACUUCCCCCACCUCCAACUGUAAAUAGAUAACAUUUCAUAGCAAAUAUCAGGGCUCUGUAUAUCAUGCUAUCUUGUUUGUAUUGAUUUUGUUUUUGAUGUUUUAAAUCCUGCUGGGUUUCCUGCAGAAGCAGAGGGGGUUUGUUUGCAGAGGUGGUUCCAACUUUCUGAAUUAACGGAGGAGAGUUAAGUUUUUAAUAUGCCAGACUCACCUUUCCUAGGAAAUACUGAAGCAUCCCUCUUUCAGUCUUACACAGGGCAAAACCCUGAAAUGGGAAACUUACUGACACUUUCCCCUGUAUUUUAUAAUGUAUUAUUAUUUUUUUUAUUUAAAGAAAUGUGUACAUAUUGUGAGAUUGGAGCAGGAGAGAGAGUUAUUACUGCUUUUACACUCCUUUCCUGAAAUGUCUUUCAGCUUUUUCUGCUACAAAAUAAAAAUUAAAAAAAAAUGAACAGAACAAAUGUAACAUCUUUGUGCAAUGAAGAAAUUUAUGGAGAAUACUGAAAGGAAAAAAAAAUUCUUGAUAUAUCACAGUAAAUGCAUUGGCAAGAGUUUAAAUGUUAUGAAAAUAGCUUUAUCAAGUGCUGACAAAUCAUAGAAAUUGUUUGAGAAAGCCAAGUUUAAGUCUCUUGUAUCGGAUGAAUUUGCCUUCUCUGGAAUUUUGUGGUGCAAGGAAGAGACUUUAAAACAAUACCUUUUUACUUUUGGAAGUGUUUUGUUGAUUUUGCUCUCUCUUUGGCUUUGUAAUUAACUCUGAGGGUGCCUGGCUGCAUCCUGGGACCUGGAGAGCAAUGUUUACAUUCACUUGCAUUUUCAGAGUUGAAUCCUCAAGACGUGAGGAAAGCAAAUAAAUAAACUGUGCUUUACUGUAAAACAAACCAACAGAAAACACAAGCAGAAGUUGCUAUAAUGGAUGAUUAUUUUUAUUAAAUAAAAGAGCGUUUACAGA